CUACAAAGUAUGCACAAACUCCACUUAAGCUUAUUAAUUAUUCUUCCAGCUUUGCUUAUAUCUGGCGACAGCUUUCUGUCCGGUUUACGAAGGCUUUCAUUAAAACUGAGAUAUUACCGAACUUUGCAUAUCAACCUCAGAAUCAACCAGACACCCACAAGAUAUCUUGAACCAUGACUUCCACGACAGAAUCAACGAUAUACAAACUUAUUUUCUCUGUACCGGUCUCGCAUUUUGCCGCUGUCAAAGCUGCUGUCCACACUUCUGGUGCCGGCAAUUUCCCAGGCUACACCGGCGUGAGCUUUCAGACUCAAGGCAUGAGUGUUUUCUUGCCGAGUGGUGCGACAGAGCCAAACGAAAUGGCUGAAACGAAGGUAGAGGUCUUUUGUUCCGGAAGAGUUCAAGCGGUUGCAGCCGUGGGGGCAAUGAAGAAGUCACAUCCGUACAAGGCCGUCUCUUAUGCUGUCUUCAAGGCGGAGAAUAUCUAGGGACUUAGAGAAGGAAGCAGCGAUACUUUGAAACCAUAUUCGCCUGUGGCUAUGGCUUAUGAGGAGGAUACACUCAUCUAAAUUAUGGACGCACUUUUCUAUACUUGAGAAAGAGAAAAUUUGGUUUCGACUUCAGGAAACCAACUGAACUUCCUUUUUCAUUUAAUGCAUCAUAACAUACCUUUCUCACAUUGUCAAGUUUACGAAGGUCAUGCAGACGGGUUUAAAUAAGAUAGAUGAGA